AUGAACUGUAUGACAUAUUUAAUCCAAUAUGUGCUGACAGCCGGUAUAAGUGACCAGAAUAGAGGAUCAUCUGAUACUGCGAUGCAUUCAGGUCGUGGAGACGGUAAUACGCGCCAGAAAACAACGAAUCCUGAUAAAGAUGAACUACCAGAUAUUUAUAGGCAACAAAUUUCUGAAUCUGGUACCGUUGUAUGUGGUUGCUGGUUCCUAAGGCGUUUCUUCUAUAACUUUAUAGCCAAAUGCUUUGGUAGGGAAUGCAAUACGUGCAGAAUGUCACUAAUGAGACUGAUUGAGGAGACAGAAGAAAACCGUACAAGGCCAGGAGCAACAUAUCCAAAUCCAUGCUAUAGCGAAACAUUCGAUUUCAUGGAUGAAUAA